CGCCUCUUUGCGACUCUGACGUACGACCAACGUCUCCGUGGUAACUCGACCGGCCCGUGAACCGUUAACCGAGCUGGCUCAACGAAGGGGACCGGGGAUUGUGUUGUAAGUGUUAAGGAUCCAAGUCCAUCUGCGAGUGGCGAAGGAUUGGGAGGCGCAUUACUGCGGCGGAGAGCUCGUGUCAGAGCGUCAAAAUGCUGAAUAUGUGGAAAGUCAGGGAGCUGGUGGACAAAGCCACCAACGUGGUAAUGAACUACUCAGAGAUCGAGUCCAAGGUGAGGGAGGCCACCAACGAUGACCCCUGGGGACCUUCAGGACAGCUGAUGGGGGAGAUCGCCAAGUCCACCUUUAUGUAUGAGCAGUUCCCUGAGGUGAUGAACAUGUUGUGGACCCGGAUGUUGAAGGACAACAAGAAGAACUGGAGGAGGGUUUACAAGGCUCUGCUGCUGCUGGCCUACCUGAUCAGAAACGGCUCCGAGAGGGUAGUGACCAGCGCCCGGGAACACAUCUAUGACCUGCGCUCCCUGGAGAACUACCACUUCAUAGACGAGAGUGGGAAAGACCAGGGCAUCAACGUGCGUCAGAAGGUGAAGGAGAUGGUGGAAUUUGUGCAGGAUGAUGAUCGUCUGAGAGAGGAGAGGAAGAAGGCCAAGAAGAACAAGGACAAGUACAUAGGAGUGUCCUCAAACAGUACGGGAGGGAGCUUCAAGACCUCAUCCGAAUGUCUGGAGGGCGAGUCCAAGGGAAAGUGGGAGGAGGACUGGGACAAGAGCAAGGGGGCAUUCCCCUUCAGCGAGAAGCUCGGAGAGAUCAGCGAUAAGAUCGGCAGCACCAUCGACGACACCAUCAACAAGUUCAGGAAGAAGGACCGAGACGAUUCCCCAGACCGACUCAGUGAUGGCGAGGAUGACCGCGCCUCCAGGAACGGCCGGACGGGGAAGCUGGAGUUCAAAGACGAGGAGGAGACCGUGACGACCAAGAGCAUCCAGAUCACCCAGGCGACGGAGACGACCACCACCACCACGCGCAAGCGAGGCGGAGUUCCCUCCAAGACGGUGGACCUGGGCGCGGCCGCACAUUACACUGGGGACGGGGGCAGCCCUGUGGCUGAGAACGGCAAGUCGUCGGUCAGCCAGUCAUCCAGUAGUGGCCUUGCAGACCUGCUGAUGGUGGACCCUGGCUCCACGACCACUCCUCCUACAGGUGGAACCUCAGACCUCAUCGGGGGCUUUGCAGACUUCUCCUCACCAGCUGCCUCUGCCAGCCUGCCCUCUUCUGUACCUGCGCCGACCAAUAUGAACGGAGAGUUUGGCGACUGGAACGCCUUCUCCACAAGUCCGUCCGCCCCUGUAAAAAACGCCAUCACCGACCUGUUUGGCGGUGUCCAAUCAGCUCCAGCUCCCGCCUCCAACCCCGCCCCUCCCUCGGCAGACCUGUUUGACCUGAUGGGCGGGGCUAAUCACCACGCCAUGCUCAGUGCCUCUCAGAGCAUGACCUUCACUGUGGGCGGAGCCAGCAGUGGGCCCUGCCUCCCUCUGUCACACUCCCAUCAGAGUUUCGGGGCGUUGCGGGGCGUAGGUCUUCACACCCAGCAGCACAUGGGGCUGCAGAAGCCUGGAGGUCAGGGGUCACUGCCCUCCACCUGGUCUGACCCCAGCGUCAACAUCAACCUGGACUUCCUGUCAGCUGGUCUAGGAGAAAAGAACUCCCAGCCCAGCCUCAAUAACAUUAUCCAACAACAAGGCGUUCAGCCGCCCGUCAACCUGCCCCAUGGCUUUGGGGGCCUAACUCUGAACGCCCCACCUUCCAUAACACCCAUCAGGCCAUCUACCAAUCCCAUAAUGGCUAUGGGCAUGCCUGCCUCCAUGGCAACCGGGACCAUGGGGGUGGUCGGGGUGCCCGUGAACCCAGGGAUGAUGGGAUUGAACAUGAGCAUGGGGGUGGCGCCCGCUGGCAUGGGUAUGCCAGGCAUGGGCAUGGCGCCAACCCUCAACACCGCCAUGAUGCCACCCAAACCAGACGCCUUCGCCAACUUUGGCAACUUUGGCAAAUGAGAAGACUUUGAGCGGGGAGAUGGGGAAGCCAAGAUGGAAGGAUGGAGGAGAGGGAGGAGUCAGUGGUGGGUGGUCAGAGGGGAGGCACAGACUACUGGAACUAAACUAAGUAACAGUGUUACUAUACUCUGCCCCCUACACACCCCCUCCACCUUCUCUGGUAAGAUAUGAAGUGCAAAAACAGUCAGUUUGUUUUGGGCGGGGGGGGGGGGCGGGUUGGUCUAAUGUCAGAUAACGUCUAACCCUAACCCCCCCCCCCAAUGGUCUAAUGUCGGAUUUUGUAAAUGGCUGAGAACACAUACAUUCUAUACUUUGAAAGCAG